CCCUAUAUAUCUUUACCAAUCUCUCCCAGCUUGCAAGGCAUCAAUCUUGAAAGCUCCUCUCUCUUUCUUCCUCUCUCGUCGUCGUGUCGUCGCCGCCGUCGCCGGAGAUGAUGAAGCACUUGGUGGAGUCGGAGAAGGCGGCGGAGAAUGCCGGGCCGACGUACCGGAACGUGCUGGCCAAGGACGCCGGGCUUCUGCGGCCGCCGCCGGGGGUCGAGAGCUGCUGGGACGUCUUCCGCAAUUCGGUGGAGAAGUACCCGGACAGCCCGAUGCUCGGUCGCCGGAGAGUCGUCGACGACGGCAAGGCAGGUGAAUAUGUUUGGAUGACUUACAAGGAGGUUUAUGACGUUGUGAUGAAACUUGCUGCCUCCAUUAGCAAGUCAGGAAUCAGCAAGGGUGAAAGCUGUGGCAUCUACGGCGCAAACUGCCCUGAAUGGAUCAUCAGCAUGGAGGCUUGCAAUGCACUUGGGGUUUCAUGCGUGCCUCUCUAUGAUAGUCUUGGUGCUGGUGCAGUGGAGUUUAUCGUGUGCCAUGCUGAAAUCCAGAUUGCUUUUGUGGAAGAGAGAAAAAUCGCAGAGCUCUUGAAAACUUGUCAUGCCACAUCAAAGUAUUUGAAGACAAUCAUCAGCUUUGGAGGUGUGACAAAUGACCAAAAAGAGGAGGCUAAAAAUCAUGGGAUGUCCAUAUUCUCAUGGGAGGAAUUCCUGAUCAUGGGAGGUGAUCAUCAUUUUGAUCUUCCUGAAAAGAAGAAAUCUGACAUCUGCACAAUAAUGUACACAAGCGGGACAACUGGAGACCCUAAAGGUGUUAUGAUAUCAAAUGAAAGCCUUCUUGUUAACAUCACUGGUGCUGAUUGCGUGACCAGGUCUAUUGGCGAACCUUUUGAUCAUGAUGAUGUUUAUAUAUCGUAUCUUCCACUGGCUCAUAUCUUUGAUAGAAUCUUUGAAGAAUUAUUCAUUUCACACGGAUCAAAAAUUGGAUUUUGGCGUGGGGACGUCAAGCUGUUGGUCGAUGACAUUGCAGCUCUAAAACCAACAGUAUUCUGUGCAGUUCCACGAGUACUUGAUAGAAUAUACUCAGGUCUUACAGGAAAGAUCUCGUCUGGUGGCAUACUGAAGAAAGCUUUAUUCAAUAUUGCUUACAAGCUGAAACUGGACAGCAUGAGGAAAGGAAUUAAACACGAGAAAGCAGCUCCAUUUUUUGACAAAUUAGUUUUCAGCAAGGUGAAAGAAAGACUGGGUGGAAAACUACGUUUUAUCGUGUCUGGUGGUGCCCCUUUAUCUGUAGCAGUGGAAGAAUUUUUGAGGGUUGUGACAUGUGCAAGUGUUGUUCAAGGCUAUGGGCUCACGGAAACUGGUGCGGCGUCAUUUGUUGCAAUACCAAAUGAUUUUUCCAUGGUUGGGACUGUUGGUCCACCAGUUGAGCAUUUGGAUGCACGUCUUGAGUCAGUUCCAGAGAUGGGCUAUGACGCUUUGUCGAGCAUUCCUCGUGGAGAGGUAUGUGUAAAAGGAAGUGUUCUAUUCUCAGGAUACUACAAAAGGGAGGAUCUUACACAGGAAGUCAUGAUUGAUGGAUGGUUCCACACAGGGGAUGUUGGCGAGUGGCAACCAAAUGGGUCCUUGAAAAUCAUUGACAGGAAGAAAAAUAUAUUCAAGCUUUCACAGGGAGAAUAUGUUGCAGUAGAAAAUCUCGAGAAUGUGUACGGGGUUCUCCAAGAGAUAGAUUCGAUAUGGAUUUACGGAAAUAGUUUUGAAUCUUUCCUUGUUGCUGUCAUAAAUCCCAACCAACAAGUUCUUGAGCAUUGGGCUGAACAAAAUGGUAUCUCUGGAAGUUUAUCUGAAUUAUGUGAAAAUUCAAGAGCUAAAGAAUAUAUUCUUUCAGAACUCACGAAGAUUGCAAAGGAAAAGAAGCUGAAAGGCUAUGAGUUCAUAAGAGCUGUACAUCUUGACCCAUUACCAUUUGAUAUGGAGCGUGAUCUUAUAACCCCAACAUACAAGAAGAAACGACCACAGUUGCUUAAGCACUAUCAGGGAACCAUUGACGCACUCUACAAGAUGGCAAAGUAAACGAGCAAUGCUACAGACAAUUGAAGAAAGGCUUCACCCAUUCAUGUAAUCUCACCAUGUUGGUAUAUAUAUAAAUCCAAUUCACAUGUCAUGUACCUAACCACUCAUAAAAGACUGGAAACAGAUCAUAGCCUUGUCUUUCUUGUGCUGAAAUGAUUACUGUCAGAAACGGUGUGACAGGGACUGUCUUUUGUUAGAUCAUUCUGUUAAGUCAUCCUAUGUUUUGCACAACUUAAUUAUUACUACUAUUCCCUUAGGCUAGAA